UCAUUUUUUGUCUUUUAAGAUAAAGUCAGUGGUUCUGGCAAUAACUCUGAUAUGAUGGAAAACAGCAGGGAAGAGGGAGCUAGCUCUGCAGAAAAAUCCAAAUCAUCAGGAUCAUCACGAUCAAAGAGGAAACCUUCAAUUGUAACAAAGUAUGUAGAAUCUGAUGAUGAAAAACCUUUGGAUGAAACUGUAAAUGAAGAUGCUUCUAAUGAAAAUUCAGAAAAUGAUAUUACUAUGCAAAGCUUGCCAAAAGGUACAGUGAUUGUACAACCAGAGCCAGUGCUGAAUGAAGACAAAGAUGAUUUUAAAGGGCCUGAAUUUAGAAGCAGAAGUAAAAUGAAAACUGAAAAUCUCAAAAAACGCGGAGAAGAUGGGCUUCAUGGGAUUGUGAGCUGUACAGCUUGUGGACAACAGGUCAAUCAUUUUCAAAAAGAUUCCAUUUAUAGACAUCCUUCACUGCAAGUACUUAUUUGUAAGAAUUGCUUUAAAUAUUACAUGAGUGAUGAUAUUAGCCGUGACUCAGAUGGAAUGGAUGAACAGUGUAGAUGGUGUGCAGAAGGUGGAAACUUAAUUUGUUGUGACUUUUGCCAUAAUGCCUUCUGUAAGAAGUGCAUUCUUCGCAACCUUGGUCGAAAGGAGCUGUCUACAAUAAUGGAUGAAAACAACCAAUGGUAUUGCUACAUUUGUCACCCAGAGCCUUUGUUGGACUUGGUCACGGCGUGUAACAGCGUGUUUGAAAACUUAGAACAGUUGUUGCAACAAAAUAAGAAGAAGAUAAAAGUUGACAAUGAAAAGAGUAGUAAAGUAUAUGAUCAUGCACCCAGAUUUUCUCCAAAGAAGAACAGUCCAAAUUGUAAUGGAGAAGAAAAGAAGUUAGAUGAUUCAUAUUCUGGUUCUGUAACCUACUCUUACUCAGCACUAAUUGUGCCCAAGGACAUGAUUAAGAAGACAAAAAAACUGAUUGAGACUACUGCCAACAUGAAUUCCAGUUACGUUAAGUUUUUGAAGCAGGCAACAGAUAAUUCAGAAAUCAAUUCCGCUACAAAGUUACGUCAGCUUAAGGCUUUUAAGUCUGUGUUGGCUGAUAUCAAGAAAGCUCAUCUUGCAUUAGAAGAAGAUUUGAAUUCAGAGAUUCACACUUUGGAUGCUGUAAACAAAGAGAAAAAUACCAAAGAGCAUAAAGUCAUAGAUGCUAAGUCUGAAACAAAAGUAAGAAAAGGAGAAAAACCUUGUGUUUUGGAAAGGAAGGAUAUUUCAAAAUCAGAAGGUAAACUGUCAAGAAAGCAGGUAGAUAGUGAGCAUGUGGGUCAGAGUGUUGCAGUAGAGGAACAAAGAGCACAUAAAAAUGCCAGUACUGAACAUAAGAAAUCUGAUAAAAAAGAACCUCAGUAUGAACCUACUAAUACUUCCGAAGACUUAGACAUGGAUAUUGUGUCUGUUCCUUCCUCAGUUCCAGAAGACAUUUUUGAGAAUCUUGAGACUGCUAUGGAAGUUCAGAGUUCAGCAGAUUAUCAGGGAGAUGGCAACAGUGGAACUGAGCAAGAACUGGAGACUUCUGUAAAAUUAAAUAUUACUUCAAAAGACAACAGAGGAGGUAUUAAAUCAAAAACAACAGCUAAAGUAACAAAAGAAUUAUAUGUUAAACUCACCCCUGUUUCCCUUUCUAUUUCCCCAAUUAAAGGUGCUGAUUGUCAGGAAGUUCCACAAGAUAAAGAUAGCUAUAAAAGUUCUUGUCUGAAUCCUAAGCCAGAGAACUGUGAACUUGGACAGGAAAAGAAUGAUAAUGAGCAUUUGGCUAAAAGUGAAGUUCCGUUACUUUCAGAAGAAUCUGAUCUUCGAAGAUCCCCGCGUGUAAAGACGACACCUUUGAGGCGACAGACAGAAAACAACCGUACAACAUCUAAUUCGGAUGAAGAAAAUAAUGAAACACUUAAGGAGCAGCAAAAACUUUCGGUCCCAGUGAGAAAAAAGGAUAAGCGGAAUUCUUCUGACACUGCUAUAGAUAAUCCUAAACCUAAUAAAUUGCCUAAAUCUAAGCAGUCAGAGAUUGUGGAUCACAUUUCAGAUUCUGAUGAAAUGCUGGCAAUCCUCAAAGACGUGCCCAGUAUGAGUCACAGUUCUUCAGAUACUGAUAUUAAUGAACCUCAUACAAAUAAUGAGAAGACUUUUUAUUCAAAGAUUCAAAGAGGGAAAGAUGAUAAAAGAAAAAGGAAACGAAAAAGUUCUACUUCUGGCUCAGAUUUUGAUAUUAAGAAAGGUAAAUCAGUUAAAAAGGCUAUAAUUUCUAAAAAGAAACGGCAAAACCAGUCUGAAUCUUCUAAUUAUGACUCAGAAUUAGAAAAAGAGAUAAAGAGUAUGAGUAAAAUUGGGACUGCCAGAACAACCAAAAAAAGAGUUCCAAAUAAAGAAGAUUAUGAUUCUUCUGAAGAUGAAAAACACAGCAAAAAAGGAAUGGAUGAUCAAGGUCAUAAAAGUUUGAGGACUGCACAGGAAGGAUCAUCUGAUGAUGCUGAAAGGAAACAAGAGAGAGAGAAUUUCUCUUCAGCAGAAGGCACAGUUGAUAAAGACAAGACCAUCAUGGAACUGAGAGAUCGCCUCUCUAAGAAGCAGCAGCCCAAUGUUUCCUUAGAGAGUGCUGAUAAGCUUUGUUCUGGGAAAGAGGAGAGUUUUAAUUCUUCAGAAGAUAAAAUGGUUGCUGAAUCUAAAGGAAAGAGUAAGCACCAGCGAACCAGAAUGGGUAAGAAAAUACUGGGUGGCUUAUGUGAUGUUGCUGAGAAGUUCUCAGAGAAAGAACAGAGUGAUGAAUCCUCUGAAGAUGAUAACAAGCAGAGCAAAAAGGCAGUGGAAGAAAAAGAAAAGAAAACUGCAGACUUGAAUAAAAAAGUAAUUAAGAUGGAACAAGAGUAUGAAUCAUCAUCUGAUAGUACUGAGAAAUUACCUGAGGGAGAAGAAAUUUGUCACUUUCCUAAAAGCAUAAAACAAAAUAAGAGCUCAGCUGAUGGGGAAAAGAAAUGCAAAAAAAUAAAAGAUAAAGCUUCUAAAAAGAAGGGUGAAUUAUCUGAUAAUUCUGAGAAGUUACCAGGAAAAAGAGAAAGUUGUGACUCUUCAGAAGAUAAGAGAAGUAAGAAUGGAACAUCCAGUAGAGAGAAGAAAAGGUUCAACUUGCCUGAAAAGAGUUCGAGGAAGAGACAGGAUUGUUCAUCAUCUGAUACUGAAAAAUAUUCCAUGAAAGAAGAUGGUUGUGAUUUUUCUGAUAAGAGACCAAAAAGAAUAGAAUUAAGGGAAAGAAGGAAUUUAAAUUCAAAUAGAAAUAGCAAGGAAGUACAAAGUGGCUCAUCAUCUUCUGAUGUUGAGGAAAGUUCUGAAGAUAAUAAAAACCUGAAGAAACAAAGAACUUCAGCUAAAAAGAAGGCAGGCAGUAUGAAGGAGAAAAUGAGAAACUCCCUGAGAACAAGCACCAAAAGAAAGCAGGCUGACAUUACUUCCUCAUCUUCUUCUGAUAUAGGAGAUGAUGAUCAGAAAUCUGUAGGUGAGGGGAGCAGUGAUGAGCAGAAAAUUAAGCCUGUGACUGAAAAUUUAGUGCUGUCGUCACAUACUGGAUUUUGUCAAUCUUCAGGAGACGAAGCCUUAUCUAAAUCAGUGCCUGUCACAGUGGAUGAUGACGACGAUGACAAUGAUCCUGAAAAUAGAAUUGCCAAGAAGAUGCUUUUAGAAGAAAUUAAAGCCAAUCUUUCCUCCGAUGAGGAUGGAUCUUCAGAUGAGUCAGAAGAAGGGAAGAAAAGAACUGGAAAACACAAUGAAGAAAACCUUGGAGAUGAGGAAGUAAAAAAUCAAGCCAAUUCUGAAUCAGAUUCAGAUUCUGAAGAAUCUAAGAAGCCAAGAUACAGACAUAGGCUUUUGAGACAUAAGCUGACUCUGAGUGAUGGAGAAUCUGGAGAAGAAAAAAAGAUGAAGCCUAAAGAGCACAAAGAAGCCAAAGGCAGAAAUAGAAGGAAAGUGAGUAGUGAAGAUUCUGAAGAUUCUGAUUUUCAGGAAUCUGGAGUUAGUGAAGAAGUUAGUGAAUCUGAAGAUGAACAACGGCCCAGAACAAGGUCUGCGAAGAAAGCAGAGUUGGAAGAAAAUCAGAGAAGUUACAAACAGAAGAAGAAAAGGCGACGCAUUAAGGUUCAAGAAGACUCAUCCAGUGAAAACAAGAGCAAUUCUGAAGAAGAUAAAGAAGAAGAUGAAGAAGAUGAUGAAGAAGAAGAUGAAAAUGAUGAUUCCAAGUCUCCUGGAAAAGGCAGAAAGAAAAUUCGCAAGAUUCUUAAAGAUGAUAAGCUAAGAACAGAAACACAAAAUGCUCUUAAGGAAGAAGAAGAGAGGCGAAAACGUAUUGCUGAGCGAGAGCGAGAGCGAGAGAAAUUGAGAGAGGUGAUAGAAAUUGAAGAUGCUUCACCGACUAAGUGUCCAAUAACAACAAAGUUGGUUUUAGAUGAAGAUGAAGAAACCAAAGAACCUUUAGUGCAGGUUCAUAGAAAUAUGGUUAUCAAAUUGAAACCACAUCAAGUAGAUGGUGUUCAGUUUAUGUGGGAUUGCUGCUGUGAAUCUGUUAAAAAAACAAAGAAAUCUCCAGGUUCAGGAUGCAUUCUUGCCCACUGCAUGGGCCUUGGUAAAACUUUACAGGUGGUAAGUUUUCUUCAUACGGUUCUUUUGUGUGACAAAUUGGAUUUCAGCACAGCUUUAGUGGUUUGUCCUCUUAAUACUGCUUUGAAUUGGAUGAAUGAAUUUGAGAAGUGGCAGGAGGGAUUAAAAGAUGAUGAGAAGCUUGAGGUCUCUGAAUUAGCAACUGUGAAGCGUCCUCAAGAAAGAAGCUACAUGCUACAGAGGUGGCAAGAAGAUGGUGGUGUUAUGAUCAUAGGCUAUGAGAUGUACAGAAAUCUUGCUCAAGGAAGGAAUGUGAAGAGUAGGAAACUUAAAGAAAUAUUUAACAAAGCAUUGGUUGAUCCAGGACCUGACUUUGUUGUUUGUGAUGAAGGCCAUAUUCUAAAAAAUGAAGCAUCUGCUGUUUCAAAAGCUAUGAAUUCUAUACGAUCAAGGAGGAGGAUUAUUUUAACGGGAACACCACUUCAAAAUAACCUAAUUGAGUAUCAUUGCAUGGUUAACUUUAUCAAAGAAAAUUUGCUUGGAUCCAUUAAGGAAUUCAGGAAUCGGUUUAUAAAUCCAAUCCAAAAUGGUCAGUGUGCAGAUUCUACCAUGGUAGAUGUCAGAGUAAUGAAAAAACGUGCUCACAUUCUCUAUGAAAUGUUAGCUGGAUGUGUUCAGAGGAAAGAUUAUACAGCAUUAACAAAGUUUUUGCCUCCAAAGCAUGAGUAUGUUUUAGCUGUGAGAAUGACUCCUAUUCAGUGCAAACUCUAUCAGUACUACUUAGAUCACUUAACAGGCGUAGGUAAUAGCAGUGAAGGUGGAAGAGGAAAGGCAGGUGCAAAACUUUUCCAAGAUUUUCAAAUGUUAAGUAGAAUCUGGACUCAUCCAUGGUGUUUGCAGCUGGACUACAUUAGUAAAGAAAAUAAGGGAUAUUUUGAUGAAGACAGUAUGGAUGAAUUUAUAGCUUCAGAUUCGGAUGAAACCUCCAUGAGUUUAAGCUCUGAUGAUUAUACAAAAAAGAAAAAAGCAAAGGGGAAAAAGGGAAAAAAAGAUAGUAGCUCAAGUGGAAGUGGCAGUGACAAUGAUGUUGAAGUGAUUAAAGUCUGGAAUUCAAGAUCUCGAGGAGGUGGUGAAGGAAAUGUGGAUGAAACAGGAAACAAUCCCUCAGUUUCUUUAAAACUGGAAGAAAGUAAAGCUACUUCUUCUUCUAAUCCAAGCAGCCCAGCUCCAGACUGGUACAAAGAUUUUGUUACAGAUGCUGAUGCUGAGGUUUUAGAGCAUUCUGGAAAAAUGGUACUUCUCUUUGAAAUUCUUCGAAUGGCAGAGGAAAUUGGGGAUAAAGUCCUUGUUUUCAGCCAAUCUCUCAUAUCUCUGGACUUGAUUGAAGAUUUUCUUGAAUUGGCUAGUAGGGAGAAGACAGAAGAUAAAGAUAAGCCUCUCAUUUAUAAAGGUGAAGGGAAGUGGCUCAGAAACAUUGACUAUUACCGUUUAGAUGGCUCUACAACUGCUCAGUCAAGGAAAAAAUGGGCUGAAGAAUUUAAUGAUGAAACUAAUGUGAGAGGGCGAUUAUUUAUCAUUUCCACCAAAGCAGGAUCUCUUGGAAUUAAUCUGGUAGCUGCUAAUCGAGUGAUCAUAUUUGAUGCUUCUUGGAAUCCAUCUUAUGACAUCCAGAGUAUAUUCAGAGUUUAUCGCUUUGGACAGACUAAACCUGUGUAUGUAUAUAGGUUCUUAGCUCAGGGAACCAUGGAAGAUAAGAUUUAUGAUCGGCAAGUAACUAAGCAGUCACUGUCUUUUCGAGUUGUUGAUCAGCAGCAAGUUGAACGUCAUUUUACCAUGAAUGAGCUGACUGAACUUUAUACUUUUGAGCCAGACUUACUAGAUGACCCUAAUUCAGAAAAGAAGAAGAAAAGGGAUACUCCCAUGCUGCCAAAGGACACCAUACUUGCAGAACUUCUUCAAAUACAUAAAGAACACAUUGUAGGAUAUCAUGAACAUGAUUCUCUUUUGGACCACAAAGAAGAAGAAGAGUUGACUGAAGAAGAAAGAAAAGCAGCUUGGGCUGAAUAUGAAGCAGAGAAGAAGGGACUGACCAUGCGUUUCAACAUACCAACUGGGACCAAUUUACCCCCUGUCAGUUUUAACUCUCAAACUCCUUAUAUUCCUUUCAAUUUGGGAGCCCUAUCAGCAAUGAGUAAUCAACAGCUGGAGGACCUCAUUAAUCAAGGAAGAGAAAAAGUUGUGGAAGCAACAAACAGUGUGACAGCAGUGAGGAUUCAGCCUCUUGAAGAUAUAAUUUCAGCUGUAUGGAAGGAAAACAUGAACCUCUCAGAGGCCCAGGUACAGGCAUUAGCAUUAAGUAGACAAGCCAGCCAGGAGCUUGAUGUCAAACGAAGAGAGGCAAUCUACAAUGACGUGUUGACAAAACAACAGAUGUUAAUCAGCUGUGUUCAACGAAUACUUAUGAACCGAAGGCUCCAGCAACAGUACAAUCAGCAGCAGCAGCAGCAAAUGACUUAUCAACAAGCAACACUGGGUCACCUCAUGAUGCCAAAGCCUCCAAAUUUAAUCAUGAAUCCUUCUAACUACCAGCAGAUUGAUAUGAGAGGAAUGUAUCAGUCCGUGGCUGGUGGUAUGCAGCCACCACCAUUACAACGUGCGCCACCCCCAAUGAGAAGCAAAAAUCCAGGACCCUCCCCAGGGAAAUCAAUGUGAUUUUGCACUAAAAGCUUAAAAGAUUGUUAAAAUCAUAGAAAGAUCUUUUAUUUUUUUAGGAAUCAAUGACUUAACAGAACUCAACUGUAUAAAUAGUUUGGUCCCCUUAAAUGCCAAUCUUCCAUAUUAGUUUUAAAUUUUUUUUAAUAGGGCAUACCAUUUCUUCCUGACAUUUGUCAGUGAUGUUGCCUAGAAUCUUCUUACACACAUUUGGUACAGAAGAUCUUUCAAAUUGUUUUCAGUGAAAACAAGUCCUUCCAUAACAGUAACAACUCCACAGGUUUCCUCUCUAAAUUUUUAUGCCUGCUUUUAGUGACCAUAAAAUUGUCAUAAAUUAUUGAAUUUAUGAAAGAAUACUGAUUUAUAUAUUCAUUCUUUACAUAUAAAAACACACAGCUGAGUUCUUAGAGUUGAUUCCUCAAGUUAUGGAAUACUUUUGUACUUAUCCAUUUCUUGACUAAAGUGAUUGAAAUGGUUUUAAUGUUCUUUUGACUGAAGUCUGAAACUGGGCUCCUGCUAUAUCAUCUCUGUGACUGAAAGUUAGAAACUAAGGGUUGGUUAUCUUUGACACAGAAUUGUGUGCAAUAUUGUUAAAUACUACUGCUCUAAAACUGGGAGGAGUCUUACAGUUAUCUUAGCAUUGUAUAAACAGCCUUAAGUACAGCAUAAGAAGAGAAUUCUUUUUCUUCUUUAGUCUUUUCUGCCAUUUUUAUUUUCAGUUAUAUGUGCUGAAAUAAUUACUGGUAAAAUUUCAGGGUCGUGGAUUAUCUUCCACACUUGAAUUUUCUCUCUCCUGGCACUAAUAUAAGGCACAUCUCUUAACUGCUUGGUGCCAGUGCUAGUGCUUCAUCCUGUUGCUGGCAGUGGGAUGUGGACUAACAAAAUCAAGUUCUAGCAUUUUAGGAAGUUAAGGAUGACAUUGUGGUUGUUAGCUUCACACCCUGUUUUAUAAACAACAUCAAAAUGGCAGAACCAUUGCUGACUUUAAGUUCACAUGGGGAAUAUGCUUUAAAACAAUUCCCAGUACUGUCAGUAUUGUGAAGUAAUUCCUCCUAAAGAUAAGGAUCACUGGCUUCUAUGCGCUUCCUCUUCUUUUUUCUCAUCAGUAUGUUCUUUUUCCCCAACUGUAUUUUCUUACAUAAAUUAUGUUUUAAAGCUCAAUUUUUUUUUUUAGUUUAGAUCUGUGAGGCAAUUUUCUAAUCAAAAUUCACCUAAUGCCCUUUUAUGAGGUUUUACAUUGUUGUUUUUCUUAAUCCAGGCUUGUAAAAAUGACCUAUAUGCUUAUUCAUGUACAAAUUUGGUUGCUUGAGUUUCUUAAAGAAAAAGAUUGUUAGACUAUGAGAGUCAACUCAACAUGGCGAAACCAUUUUUGAGAUGGCGAUGUAACAUGUAGUGGAAAUGGCUAACAAAUUCCAAAAAAAAAAAAGCUGGGUGGAGGAUUUGCUUGAGGUAUCACUGAGUUAGAAUGUGUUUAACAUUAGCUAAAACUGUUUUGAGUUGUUUGGACGAUUAAGAGAUGUCCACUUUUAUCUUGAAAGAACUAGUGGUAGAACAUUCAAGAGUACUAAGUUUGUCAUAUAGAAUUUUGAGGUUUGGUGGAUCCACCCUCCACCUUCCCAUAUUUGGAUAUUAUGCCAGCCAUAUAAUCAAACUUAUUUCACUAGGGGGAUGUGUUUUUACUUUAGAAGAAAUGAAAAAGACAAGAUUUAUGAAAUAAAUAUUUGAAGACAAUAUACUCUGGCCAGCUGUUAUCAGUUGGUAUUGCUAGAAGUCCAGAAUAUUUUAAACCUGAUUUAUUCAACCUGGGAACUUUCACCACGGUCUGAUUACUUGCUCAAAGACAUAGAUGUCAAAAUUUUAGGCAACCUUCUAAACCUUGAGUGAAAUCAUAAAUGAAAUUAUUACUUAAAGAGUAAUACAUAGAAAGGUUAAUUGGAAAUAGUUUGGGAUAAAACUUGGAUCACUUUGCAUACAAUCUUCACUUGACAUUUUAGCUACAUAAUAUGUACUUUGAGUAUAACAUCAAGCUUUAACAAAUAUUUAAAGAUAAAGUCAUGUCAAUAAGAUACUAAAAGGCUCAUUUUUAUAUUUGUUUUAGAUGUUUUAAAUAGUUGCAAUGGCUUAAAAAAAUGAUGAUUUAAAAUGUUGCUUGUAAUACAGUUUUGCCUGCUAAAUUCUCCACAUUUUGUAACCUGUUUUAUUUCUUCGGGUGUAAAGCGUUUUUGCUUAGUAUUGUGAUAUUGUAUAUGUUUUGUCCCAGUUGUAUAGUAAUGUUUCAGUCCAUCAUCCAGCUUUGGCUGCUGAAAUCAUACAGCUGUGAAGACUUGCCUUUGUUUCUGUUAGACUGCUUUUCAGUUCCGUAUUGAGUAUCUUAAGUACUGUAGAAAAGAUGUCACUUCUUCCUUUAAGGCUGUUUUGUAAUAUAUAUAAGGACUGGAAUUGUGUUUUUAAAGAAAAGCAUUCAAGUAUGACAAUAAUACUAUCUGUGUUUUCACCAUUCAAAGUGCUGUUUAGUAGUUGAAACUUAAACUAUUUAAUGUCAUUUAAUAAAGUGACCAAAAUGUGUUGUGCUCUUUA